GUAGACUAUUGAAGUCUAUGUUCGAGUGUAACGCUAUCGAAUCGCGACACCACAUCGGUCUUCUCAAAGGAGGCGGACAGCAGCUGUCCCUUCCUCUUUCACCUUCUGCUUGCUGGAGUGCGUGGGGCGCAUCAGGCAGCCACCAUGGGUAAGGCCGGGAAGGGUACCGGGUCGUUCGGAAAGCGCAACGACAAGUCGCACACCCUGUGCCGGCGGUGCGGGAGGAGGAGUUUCCACAUCCAGAAGACCACCUGCUCGAGCUGCGGUUACCCGUCCAAGAGGAUCCGCACAUAUCAAUGGAGUCAGAAGGCCAUCCGCAGGAAGACCACUGGGACCGGCAGGAUGCGACACCUUAAGACCAUCGGCAGGAAGUUCAAGAACGGCUUCCGCGAGGGAACCACCGCUGCUGCUAAGACCAAGAGCGCCACUGCUUAUUGAGUGCGGCUAGUCGGACGCCUAAGAUUGUAACCUAUCCUUUAAAUUGAAACACGCGCUUUGACGCCUGCCUCUCGAUACGGCAAGACACUCGAACUGAAGUUCAUUGCCUGGCAGUUCUCGAGCAUACACAUGUGGCAUGGCUUGCUCCAAGGCGGGGUCAAGGCCCAGGUUCCUGUGGUGCCAGCUUCAAAUGCAGCGUCCGGCGCUGUGAUUAAAGACGGCCUAUGAAGACGGUUUUCGUAUGCCGGGACCCUGUGGUGUCAACAAUGGGACCAUGCUCAGUCUGCAAUAUCAUGCCGGA